AUGAGCAAUCAGUCUCCGGUGAAGCCGCAUCCACUGAAGGACCGUUGGUUCGUCACUUACUUUCGACAAGUUCGACGUAAGCAGAAAGGUAAAGAAUUUGAUGAACAACAGAAACCAACGGAUCUAGAUUGGGUUUCUACAGGUGAAGAGCUGUACGCCACUAUUAAUUGUUUUCCCCCUUUUGAGUUAUGGCCAUCCGAUGAAAAUUUGGUCUUUGCACGUAAUAAGGUGGAUCCAUAUUAUGAGAACUUCCCAGAUGGAACUCGCGUUUGUGUGUUUACACGAACUAAACAACAGGGCGAUCAGGCGAUUUCAUUGGUACUCGCAGCUGUGAUGGGAGAACACUUGCGAACCGUCACAGAAGGGGAAUGUAUCGCGGAUGUUGUUCGCAUUGCCCAUAAACCGGGAAGUGUUUAUCCAGAGUCUCUUCGAGUGGAAGUGUGGCUGCGCAAAAGUGAUUACAGUGAGAAUGUGCUUCAAUACCUCACUGAUUUAUUUAAGCAAAAUCCAGGCAUUAAAGUUACCAAUCGUCCUAUCAUCAAUGAGGCAACCGGAGACUAA